AUGGGAAGAAAUCAACGAGUUUUAUAUUUUUUUGUCGUGUUGGAGAUUUUUAUUAUAGGAUACAUAGCCUCAUCAAAUGUCCGUGAGUCGACCAGUGCUGAAGUUACAAGAAAUCUUCUGAAAGGUGGUGCAAAGGACAGCAGUGGCCAGGUAAUGGUCGAUGGUACCGGUCAAAGUGAUUUGUCUUCAUUGCCAGUUUUACCACGACGGUGCCAAAACAAAAUGCCGGGAUGCCGGAGGUUACGGUCAGUUGACAAGUUACAAUUUGACAAGUCUAUGUUUGACAAAUUACAAUUUGGCAAGUCCAAGUUUGACAAGUUACAAUUUGGCAAGUCUAAGUCUGACAAGUUACAAUUUGGCAAGUCUAAGUCUGACAAGUUACAAUUUGACAAGUCUAAGCCUGACAAGUUACAAUUUGAUAAGUCUAAGCUUGACAAGUUACAAUUUGAUAAGUCUAAGUCUGACAAGUUACAAUUUGACAAGCCCAAGUCUGACAAGUUACAAUUUAAUCCACGGGACAACUCACAGUUAGGGUUUGUUGGAGAUCAUUCCAAAAACAUGACAGCAGUUGGCGUUAGUGUAAAAAAUACAACAGCUGCUAUGAUUAUUUCCAAAAACUCUACAACAUUCGGAGAUAACUAUGACAGUGUUUUACAUGCGGGUGUUGAUACAAUAAACUAUACAGGUGCUGGAUUUAACCGUGUAAGCUUAGUAAACACAUCAAAUGUUACAGCUAUUUCAGAACGACCUUCCAUCUCAAAUGCCAAUUCAAAAAUCAGCACCACCAUUAGUGUUUCUUCAGGAAAAAAUUCAACCCUUGCAGUUGGGUCUAAAAACUGCACGGAUGUUGCGAAAAACACAAACACCUUAAGUUACGAACCGCAGUCCCCUUGCAAACUAACAUCAAAAGGCAACGAAGCUACAGUUGACUGUCGAAAUCUUGACUUAAGUCAUCUAUCACCUGCCUGGUUUCCUGAUUCCACGACCCAAAUUUACCUGGACAAAAAUAACUUGAUGAAGAUUCCUAAUCACAUUUUUAACCAUUUGAGUCGACUUCAAAUUCUGAGCAUAUCCUACAACAAGAUAAACGAAAUCCACGAAAACGCUUUUGUAGGGUUGGUAAAUUUACAGAAAUUAAAUCUUGAAUUGAAUCAACUAGACAUAUCAGAUAAAAGAUGGGGAUUUCGUGUUUUUGAUCCGUUGAAGAACUUGACUGAGCUCCGUUUGAUGUAUAAUAAAGCAACGUAUUCAAAGAGCAUUAAUUUGCCUCAAUCUCUGUAUAAAUUAAAACUGCUGACUCUAAGCAUUAGUGAUGAUAUUUUAUAUUUUGGUGAGGACUUUAAGUUGCUUGUAGAUCUUCAACGAUUGGAAAUUUCCGGAUCAUCUCAGAUUAUCACAAAAGAAACAUUUGAAAACGUUGGUGCAAUAAAAGAACUAUACAUCUACAAUUUUGAAGAAAUCUCCAUUAUGGAUGAAAAAGCGUUUGAGCCGUUAAAAAAUUUAACGGUUUUAUUAAUCGAUCAUUUUUUCAUUGGGGUUAAAAAUAUGCUGAAAAGACUGGCCCCAUUCCAAGGAAGAAGAAUGGAGUUGAUUUCUUUAAAAUCUGUGACUUUUAGCUCUACAGAUAGAUAUCCGUCGAUGCACACACACGAUGGAGAAUUAAGUCGAGAAGAUUUCAAACACGUUUUGCAAAUUUGUGUUAGAGAGUUUGCUUUGAAGGAUAGUUAUAUUUAUUUAUUAGAACCAGAUGCUUUCGAGGAUUCCAGUUUGUGGGACGUAUGUCUUCAGAAAAUGGAUAUAUCCUUUAAUAGUUUCGCUGGGGUUAAUCCUGGUCUCUUACGGUUGAUGCUUUUUAACAACCUUCAACUUCUAAACGCUGGUGACAGCAUAAAGUCGUGUGACAAAACACACCCAGCCCUUGUUCGGGCUAUUCGCAGUGUUUACAGUCACUUCGAAGAACCGGUUAUUGUGUUUACUGAAUUUAGAAAUCAGAGGGAAUAUAUUUUAAGUACUAGCUCUCAAAUAAACGACACAGAAAUGUUUGAAUAUAAAGCUAGCGUUAUCCUGAAUUCAGAAAGAAACGCAUCUUUUCAAAAUAUUGGUCAAAACUUGUUAAGUUUCAACAGCGUAAACUUUCAGACUUUUAAUAUGUCCAGUAGCAUUAAAGUGCUUAAACUACAGAGAUUGUUGAAUAAGUGCUCCCUCAAGACCAACUUGGUUCUUUACGGUGCACAAAACGUAAAAUUCAUUGACCUUUCAGAAAACGGAUGCGACGGUUUUCAAGGGCGAAUUCAUGGACUUACUGGAUUGGAAUCUUUAAUUCUGACAGGAAAUAACAUGGCCGUGUUGUCUGAUUCGUUUUUUAAACCCUUGCCAAGUUUAAGAAAUCUGGUCAUGUCGGCUUGCCAGUUAGACAGCGAUCAAAUGUCAAAGAAAAGUGAUCAGAUUUUUGGUCACCUAAAAAAGUUGGUAACACUGGACUUAUCUUCUAACUCUUUACAUUCACUCUCCAAACGGACUUUUGAUAGAAAUACUGAACUGACUUUUCUGAAUUUGACAGAAAAUAAUUUUCAGUACGUGCCGUUUGAUUUAGCUGACAUGCCAAAUCUGAGAGAAUUAGAUUUGACAGACAAUUUGAUCGCAUCGCUGAGCGUGAGAGAAACUCAAGACAUGGACGACCUAGUCCGUCAGUUUGGCAGCUUGAAUCUCCAUUUAUCUGGCAACAUUUUGUCUUGCGGUUGUCAAAGCCUGCAGUUCCUACAGUGGUUGGUGAUGACGCGGGUCACAUUGGACGCGGAUGGAAAUUUCACGUGCAUGAACGACGACGGCGAGCUGACCUUCACCUCCAAGUACCGUGACCUUGAGAAAGUGUGGCGCCACUGUAUGGGCACUUUCUACUUUGCCCUCUCCCUCGUCCUGUUUUGUUUCAUGGCGGUCGGUUUUCUCACGUGUUAUAUUGUAACAAAAUAUAAAACUUUUAUAAUGUGCAGUUUGAUUCAAAUCGUGGGAGGCUUCAAACGAAAAACUAAAAACGAUUACGAUACUGGAGUAUUUAUAGGAUACGCGGAUGAAGAGUAUCGAUUCCCAUGUACAGAGUUACGUGAAUUUAUCGAGAAAACUCUCGGCCUAAGUACAUAUAUAAAAGACCGCGAUUCUCCAGUUUCUAGCAAUAAAGCAAACAGUUUAGUAACAGCUAUCAACUCUAGCUGGAGAAUAGUUCUGGUGUGUAGUCAACCUUUUCUAAGAGAUGACCAGUGGGCAGUGUUUACGAUGAAGUGGGCCAUGCUGUCUCAGACUCCGGCCAACCCGGCACGAGUUAUCGUUCUUGUGCGAGAAGAUCUUCUCGAUGACCUCCCCUCAGAGGUUAUCAGCGGUGUGGCGAGUGAGAAUAUCAUCGUGGUGGCGAGCUGGGAACUGGACUAUCGUGUGGAGCAGAAGUUGAGGACAUUGUUGGUGCCAUAA